AUGAGUGAUAAUAACAAUAUACCUGCUUCAUUAAAAUACUACAGCUCCAUAGCCAAUACUAAUACUUCAAAUGUUUCUUUAAAUACCAAUACAUUCACUCCUGGACGUAACGGUUGUAAUCCAAUUUAUUCACAAUCAUUACCUUUAAACUCACAGCAGAUCCCUUAUGCCUUGCCAAAUUUACUUAUUUCAACCACACAGUCACAAACUCAGCACACCCAUCACAGUAUAACCGAUGAUAAUGUUGUAAAUAAUAUUCAAAAUCCUUCCAUCAGCCAUUAUCCCGACGGUUCUACCUUUUUACCCAAUCAGUUUACCAAUAUUGUACAACAACAAAGACCACAACAGUUGCAACAACAAAGACCACAACAGUUGCAACAACAAAGACCACAACAGUUGCAACAACAAAGACCACAACAGUUGCAGCAACCCGCUGGUUUACAAUAUUUUGAUGAUCCGUACCUAUUUCAUGAAAAUAAUACUACCAACCUCUAUAAUAAUAAGGAUGAAAUGCUUUCAACAAAUUACUAUAACCCCAUCAACCAUCAUAAUUUAAUAAACGAUAACCAGAAUACAAAUACCAACCAUAAUAUCAGUAUUGGAAAUAGUACCAGCAGUCAUAUCAUUAAUAAUACUUGCAAGAAAAGAAAUAAUAAUACUUACAAUAGAAUUAACAAAAAACGUAAGGAUUUUACAAAAAAAAAAAUUAUCACUUCCAACACCAAUACCAAUAGUACCACUACAGCUAAUAACGUAUACCCUGUUGAUGCCAGUGCUAAUCAAGGCAGUAAUAACACCAAUAAUAAAAUUUUUAGAAAAAUGGCUUGUACUUCAUGUAAAAGGAGAAAAAUCAAAUGUGAUGGUGCCAAACCGGUUUGUGGGUCAUGCUCUAAAAGGAAAUUGGCUCAGGAAUACUGUAUUUAUGAUAGUUCUCCUUGGAUUAGUGGUGCAGUUAGAGAAAAAAAAAUGCUCGACCAAAUUGCGGAAUUACGAAGGGAAAAAAAUGAAUUGCUAAAUAAAAUUAGACUUUUGGAAAAAAAUGAUGAUACUACCGUGGAUAAUCCUGCUAAUACUUCGUCACCAGUACAACAAAUAUCACCCUAUUUCGUGGAUGAAUUUUACACUCUUUUCAAAGAGAAUAGUGGCGACGGGUCCGAUUCAUGUGUAUAUUACGGUCCAUUUAGUUGGCAGACUUUGGUGAAGUUUGAUGAUAGUUUUAAUUUUGUUUCCGAUAAAAUCAUAAAAAAGAUCAGAGAAGAUUGUUAUGUCGAUUUAAAAUCCACCCAUGAUAAUUCAAGAUCAUUGAGGUACACGAAUCUAUAUAGCAAUGAAGCUAGUAUUAUGACUGACAAUAUUAGGCAAGAUGUGUUACCUAAAGGAGUUGACUAUCCCCUAUAUCGUUCCCUUAACUCCAUGGACCAUAAAGUUGAACUUUUGCAAGUUUAUUUAGAAUUUUUACCCAAUAUUCUGGAAUUAAAAAUUCUAAUAGAUAAUUAUUUCGAAGGUUUUGCUUCAUAUGCAUUUUUUUGUGUUUUGGAUAAGGAAGAUCUCUAUGCAGAUUUUGAGGAUAUUUUUGGCAUCGAUUUAAAUACUAUUACUAGUGUGUCACAUCAUCCGCCUUUAAAACUUGACUGCAAAAUGAUUAAUAAAAAUAUUGCAAAUGUUUUUAGUAGGUUUGCCCGUCUAAUAUUAACAUCAGCACUAUCUUUUUUCCUGGGAUUGGGCAAUUUUAUAAAUAUGUCUGAAGCCAAGAAUAUCAAUGGUAUACGUGAAAUUAAACUAUUAGAAAGGUUCCCGUAUGUUAACGACCCUAAACAAAUCUAUGAUAUUUUCACUAAAUAUGAUAUUUCUUAUGUGGAAGACUUAACUGAAUUAUGUUUAAAUUUAGACGGAUUUCUCGGAACCCCAUCCAUACCAAUAUUACACACCCUUUGUAUGUUCUUCAUAUACACGCUGCUAAAUACGAGGCAUCUCAUGGAUUUUGAAUUAUAUACGAUGCAUAGUUUAUUCACUUUGGCAACCAGAAUGGCAAUUAAGUUGGGCUUACAUUCAGAUAUUGAUGUUCUGUAUAAAGACUAUCCUCUCAAAUUUAGAAAACAAUUGAAAAAAACUUGGAUUUUUUUACUCUUUCAUGAUUAUUAUCAAAACAUUAGAACGGGUACCCCGUUGAACAUUGUGUGGAAGCAAGAGUUGUACUAUCAUACAUUACUCAAACGUGCACGUGAAGAUUUAAGUACAUGCUAUUGCGUGGUACUUUUUUUCCAGCAAUUUUUAUCUAGAUUCAGUAACGCUGAUGCCGCUGAAUGUAUUCAUUUAAUUACAGAAAUGUCACAUCUUUGUCGCGAUCAUUUUAAGUUAGAUUUGUCCGAUAUUUUCGAAUUAAUAUCUAGUGGCACUUUGCAUGAAAAGGAACUAUAUGCUAAUAUCAGGUUGAUAAGGACUUAUUUGUAUGUUUAUGCACUAGCCAGUUCUGUUUUCCAGAAUAUGUAUGUUUCCACUAAUAGCCAACCACUAUUAAAAGAAAAAUAUAGACUAUGGGCUUUGAAAUAUUCAACCAUUUAUCUCAUGAGUGUUUUAGACAUAUUAAAAACCCUCAAGCAAUUCCAUGUAAAAUAUAAUUUGGAUAAAAAUUGUAUUUUUUAUUUGCUAAGGCAUAUUAGAGAUUUAGCCAUUAAACCAAUUUUGUUUUUAAGCGGACUAAUAAUCGAAUAUCUAAAGGAAUAUAGAUUGAAAUCAAACGAUUUAGCAUAUAAAACUAAACAAACCAAAAUGUUUAGAAUUGAUGAUUUGAUCGAGGGCCAAACUGUACUAAAUACAAGCCUAAGGGAGCUGGAAAUACCAUUUGAUGAAAACAACACUGAUGAGUUACAUAAAUUGGGGAAAAUAUUUGCAAAGAACAACACAAUGACCUUAUUAAGGUUUCUGUACAUGGUGUUGGAAGAAUUGAAUGAUUUUUUGAGCGACAUCAAAAUUUAUGACAUUCGAUAUAUUUUCUUGUACUUGAAUAUUUUGAUUACCUACGUUGUUGAAAAUUUUAAAGACUUAAAGUUUGACGUUAGUUUUGUGAAUAAAGAUUUUUUAAUGACCUUUAAUUCAAAUAAGAAGCAGUCAGAUAUUAGGAAAAAUAAAAAAGAAUUUGAAAAACGUGAUUUCUCAAGCAACAAUAACUCUGGUGCUGGUAGUUCAAAAAUUGAUUUAAAAGGGAAAAUACCCUCUUUUAAAAGUAAAAAUGGUUUGAAGCAAGUCCAUAAUAUAGAGAGUAAUGCCUUAAGGGAAGAAAAUAUUUAUCGUAUUGAAACUAAUAAACACGAUAACAGCAUUAAGACCACCAGUAAUGCUAAUAGUUUUAUUGAUAGCAAUGUUAUAAACAAUAAUAAUAAUAAUAAUAUUAAUAUUAAUAUUAAUACUGACAAUACAAAUAGCACUGCUUCGGUUGCACAUAUUAUGAAAAAUAACGACGAUAAUUCCGUUACAACCAAUGAGGUAAAUAACGAUUAUCUUUCAGAACAAUAUGUUGGUCCGCCAAAACAUACAGAUAAUAUGCCAUUUUCCAACUUGAAACAUUUGAAAAGUGAUUUAAAGAAUAAUUGGUUCGAGGAUUUGAAAAAAGCUCUGGAUAUUGAUGGGGAUUCAGAUUUUAUUCAAGGAUUGUCUGCUUUUUUUGAUUCGUCUUUUUCAUAUAACCAUAAUAGUGAUAGUAAUGAUGGUGGAAUUAACAAUAUCAAUAGUAAUUAUAACUUCAAUUUCCAAGAUUAA